AUGUCUACAGUAAGCACGACUCCAAAACGUUGUACUCAGUGUGUUGUCGACGGUUUAUAUACAUGCAAUGGAUGUAAUCAAGCAUUCUGUAUGAGACACAAGACUGAACAUCGACAAAAUAUAGAUCAGCGAAUUGAUUCUAUCAAUGAACAAAAGGAAUUGCUCAGACAAGAAGUGAGUCGACGAAGCAUAGAUAAAUCUUUUGUGGAAAAAAUCAAUGAAUGGGAAAAGCAAUCUAUUAAAAACAUUCAAUCUACUGCCGCAGAAGCCCGUGCUGAGUUGAUACGAUUACUUAAAGAAUCAAAAGAUCAGUUGAUGGAUGUGAUGCAUAAAUUAUCGAUGAACUUUAUUUCUAAUGUAAGCAAAGCUCAAUACAUAGAAGAUAAUCUUACUGCAUGGGAGAAACAAAUUGCAACAUUGAAGAAUGACGUCGAAUCAUCGUUUAAAUUUGAGUUAGUUCAAGAAGAUGGCCCUAGGACUGUGCGUUCGAUAAAGGUAAAGAGCACGGAAAAGACACGAACAAGUCAAAUUAAUCCAAUGGCUCAAAUUGAAAUUCGUUCUGCAAAUAAUUUAAACACAGUGGUUCCAAUUCAUGUGUCACCAUCGAAUGGUGGUAUUGCAUCGAAUAAUUCCGAAUCAUUAAUCGCUACGAAUAAAAACUCAUCUGAAUCAUCGUUGUAUCCGUGUCUAACAUUUGCUUCUAAUCAAUCUAGCCAACAACGCAUACAGAAGUUAUUCGAAAGUCUCAUGCUACUCGAGCCCAUGAACAAACAUGGGCCCAUGAGUGGCAAAUGUGGUCCUCAAACCGAUCAAAUGGAAACGUUUCUUUCGCAAACAUUUGGGUUCAAGAAUAAACCUGGUGAAUAUAUUGUUCAAGGUGUUAAGUCAUUUAAAUUGCACAAUCGUCCAGAUACAUUGGAUCCAAAUACAGUUAUCCGAUUUCCCACUAAUAUUCCCAAUGCAUUUUCCAUGUCCGUAAAAGAAAUCAUGAAUUGGCAACGUUCAUAUAAAGUCUACUCUGGUAAUUUUAUUAACGGCUUGAAUAAAGAAUUUCUUCAGCGUGCUCUCGAAGGACACAGUAAAGAUGGCGGAGAAGCUUUCUGUAUGAAAUUUGUCGUAAGAAUUUCAACAUGUCCAAUCUUGAUGGAAUUCGAUGCUAAAGUGAUAUCUCGAAAUUUAGAGGAAGAUUGGCCUAAUCGAAUCAAACUUGUUUCCGUAACUGGUAUAGAUUUCGCUGGUCGAAAACAUGAUGUCCGUGACAUACUAUACUAUAUAACGAAUUGGAGAGAAGUUUUUGAAGUCGAUCCUACAAAAGAUGAACCAGCAUUGCUCAACGAAAGGGACUUUCGUUUGAAGAAAUCAGGUGAAAAAGGUGAACUACGUGAAAGUCGUAUUUUAGAAGACUUAACGCAUAUGGCUAGACUACGACUAAAAGCAUGCGAUGAAGAAGGCGUUGAAAUUGUUGUUGAAACAGGAAUUGGCCUUGGAGUCUUUGCUGGUGCGCAUAUUGGAGUUGAUGAAAAAGUACGAACAACUUCUGUGAUAGCUAUUCGAGCAGUACUCGAGCAACAUGGAUCUACUUAUAAAAAUAUUCGUGCAGUCGUAUUUGCUUUGCCGAUUAUCGAUACAGAGAAAGCGAACGGCUAUGCCCGUGAUAGUUUUAGUAUAUUUACUGAAAAUUUCCAAGAACCACCGUACAAUGGUCCUAUACCGGUGCUAAUUGCUGAUCAAGAUAUGCAUCGAUUGACUGUCGCGAUUGCUCGUCUCGGAUUCAAGGUGUCUGAACUAAACCCUGCUGAUUCCCAUGGUGUUUUUGGUGAAUAUUGGCAAAAUCGAGGACCAGCUGUAGAAGAAAAACUAGCUUUGACAACAGUCGGUUUACUUGUACAACAUCAUCUGAUCAAUCCACAUGUACUCGAUACAGAUAACUAUUAUUUUAUAUAA